CGUCCCGACGCCGCCCGCUGCACACCGCCGCCCCCGCGCUGUCGUCGACCUCGCGCCGCCCCCCGCGCCGCCGCCGCCGCGAGCUCCACUCCGCGUCGCUAUCGGCAGAGCGAGGCGGCAGCGCGCUAUCGGCACGACACCUCCGCGUCCGGAGCGCGUGCGCGCGAGCGAGUGUGUGUGUGUGCGUGUGUGUGUAUGUGUAUGUGAUCGGUGCUCGCCGAGCGCCGACUGCGGACCUGGGAUGCUUCUGACAACCAUGCCGCCUCUGCAGACAUAGUGUGACGCGAUGGACGGGACCAGCCUGGCGGUGGCGGCCCUGGCCUUCGUCCUCUACGUCAACACGCUCGGCGCGGGCUUCGUGUACGAUGACAGCCGCGCGGUGGUGCGCAACCCGGACGUGCGCGGCGGCCAGUCGGCGUGGCUGGCGUUCGGCCACGACUUCUGGGGCACGCCGCUGGGCUCGGCCGGGUCGCACGGCUCGUACCGGCCCCUCGCCGUGCUGUCGCUGCGCGCCAACGCCUACCUGGCGGGCGGGCUGCGGCCGCGCGCCUUCCACCUCGUCAACGCCCAGCUGCACGCGCUGUGCUCGUGGCUAGUGGCGCGCCUAUCGCGCCGCCUCGGCCCGCCGGCCGCCUGGCCCGCGGCCGCGCUGCUGUUCGCCGUGCACCCCGUGCACUGCGAGGCCGUGGCCGGCAUCGUGGGCCGCGCCGACCUGCUGGCCGCGGCGCUGGCGCUGCUCGCGCUGCUCGCCUUCCUCCGCCACCUGGACUGGCGCGAGCGCGGCUGCCGCUGCCCGGCCCCCGGCCCGGCCUGGUGCCGCUGCCGCGCCUGGGCCGGCGCCCUGCUCGCCGCCACCCUGGCGCUGGCCGCCGGCGCCAUGCUCUGCAAGGAGCCCGGCCUCACCGUGCUCGUCGUCUGCGCCUCCUACGACCUCGCCCUGCAGCUGGGCCGCCGCCAGCGGAAGCCGUUCUCACUGGGCUCGCUGGGCGCGCUGGCGGCCGGGGGCGCGGGGCUGCUGGCCGCGCGCCUGUGGCUCGUGGGCCUGCGCACGCCCGUGUUCGCGCGCGCCGACAACCCCGCGGCGCACGCCUCCUCCUGGGGCACGCGCGCGCUCACCUUCCUGCACCUGCCCGCCGUCAACCUGCGCCUGCUGCUGUGGCCGGGCACGCUCUCCUUCGACUGGUCCAUGGACGCGGUGGAGCGCGUCGAGAGCCUGGCCGACCCGCGCAACCUGCAGAGCGCCGCGCUCUACGCCUCGCUCGCCGUGCUGGUGGCCAAGGCCGUGAGCGCGCUGCGCGCCGAGCACCAGGGGACGGAGCGGUACACAGCGCGACGCGCCAGGACCGUCCCCAAGCGCCGCCAAGUCAAACCAGACCGGAAGAUGAAAAUCUGCGGCGUGUGUUCCAAGCUCAUCGAGUCGCGCGGCUCGUCUUAUGUCUACACGUACAACAACAACGUGAUCCUGACCAACAACAAUAACAACAACAAUAACAACAACUACAUCAGCAGCCGGAGCAGCAGUAGCAGCAGCAGCGGCAGCGGGGGCAGCGCGACAGAGCGCGGGGGGGAGCCCGAUGUGCCGCCCCCCGUGGUGCCCGCCCCCGCGGGGGCGGCGCUGCUCGGGCUGGCGCUGCUCGUGUUCCCGCUGUUGCCCGCCUCCAACCUCUUCUUCUACGUGGGCUUCGUCAUCGCCGAGCGCGUGCUCUACCUGCCCAGCGUCGGCUUCUGCCUGCUCGUGGCGCAGGGCUUCGCCUGGCUGGCGGACGGCAACCGGGGGCGGCGUGCGGCGGGGGCGGGCGCGGCGGUAGGAGCAUCCCGCAGACCCAAGGCGGGUGGCGGGCGGCGGGAAGCCUGGCCGGGCCGGGCGCCAGUGCUGGUCGCGGGCGUCCUCCUCCUGACCGUGUUCGCCGCCAGGACGGUGCAGAGGAACUGGGACUGGGCGGACGAGGAGGACCUGUACCGGGCCGGGAUCGCCGUCAACCCGCCCAAAGCCUACGGCAACCUGGGCUCCGUGCUGAGCUCACGGGGACGACUGAGCGAGGCCGAGCACGCCUUCAGGAUGGCGCUCAAGUUCAGGCCCAACAUGGCCGAGGUUCACUACAACCUGGGCAACCUGUUGCUGAAGCGAGACAAGCUGGAGGAAGCCAUCCGGAGCUAUCAGCAGGCCAUCCAUUACCGGCCCUCGCUCGCCCUGGCACACCUGCACCUCGGCCACGCGUUCGCCGCGCGCGGCCAGGUCCGCGAGGCCGUGUCGGCGCUGGUGAGGUGCGCGUCGCUGCGCCUGCCGUCGUCCGGGCGGCUGCUGCAGCAGGCCGUGCACGCCGUGCGGGACGAGGCGACGCACGAGGCCGCCCGGGUGUCGGCGCUGCUGCUGCUCGGCCACCUGCACGCCGCGCAGGGGCGGCUCCGGGCCGCGGAGGCCGCCGUCAGGGAAGCCAUCCUGGCCCGGCCCGAGGACUACCAGCCCGAGCCGCUGUACAAGCUGCUGGCCGAGGUGGAGGAAAAGCUCCGCGUCCAGGCGGAGGCGCGCAGCAGGACCGCCGACCCGCUGGACCACCGGGAGCAGGCGGCCGCGCACGCCGAGGACGCCGUCAAGGACCAGCCGGCGCCGCCGGCCCAGGAGGAGCAGCAGAGGACGGCGUGGUCGUGGCGGACGAGGACGUGCAACGACAGCAACACGGGUCAUGCCUUGCCCGGGCGGCAGCAGUCCAGCGGCGCCGAGCGCGCCGAGCUGAGGCUCGGGCCCGCGCGCGAGCCGCCGGGGCCCCCGCCGGGGCCGGGCCCCGAGGCCGACCGGGGCGAGUGCCCCAUGGCCGCGGCCGCGCUCUUCCCCGUGCCCGCCUCGCCCUGCGCCUAGGAGCGGCCCGGCUUCCACACGUAAAUCGAUAAGACUUGAAACUCGAGACAAUAUUUUGGCGCGGAUCCAGAUUCGCUCUAGUGUAAGGGACAGAGGAGUUAUGACCGGUUUAUGACUCUGAAUGUAAAUAUAUAAAUACAGAUGUGAAUAAAACCAGAGCCAGGGAUUUAUUUUGUUCUCACGUGAUCAGAAUCUAUGAUUACAGUACAGACAGUAUAUAUAAAAAUUGUUUAUCAUUCGUCUCUCUUGUGACCUUUGCGCUGUAUAUAUAGCACGCGGUGACUUAAAACAAAGCACUUUCGAUGCAAAAUACUUUCUCUUUGCUGAAAAAUUAAAUAAAUUAUAGUGCCAAGAGAUUACUUACCUUGUUGUAUUGAAAUAUCCAAACCUUUUUGAUGUGAAUACGGGGUUUUAUACCAGAUGUCUUUUUUCUAAUCAAACGAAUAAAUUUAUUUAUUUACUCGUUA